AUGAGUCAUGUAGAAAACGAAUGUUCAUUAUCAAUUGAAUUUAAUUAUCUAAUAAAAAUGACUGAUCGUGACGUAAAUAGAAACUAUCAUGAUGAAAAUGGCAUUUUUCACGGUUUUACACCUUUAUGGGCGUUGGUUUUAUUCAGCAUUGCAAUUAUUUUUCUUACUAUAUCUAUUGUUGGUUCAAUAUGCCAUUUAGCUGGUUGUCAAAGACAAAGACAAGACCAAACGAAUAAUAUUUAUUCAACAAGUUUAAAACAACCAUCAUUGACAGAGCACAGUCACUUACAAGUAACCUCAAUUAAAUCGACUCAUUUUUAA